AUGGCUGAUACCCACAAAACGGUCGAAGAGUUUGACGAUGCUGAGCUAGCUCAACUCAUCCAAGAGAUCGGUCGUGCUUUAGGGCUCCAACAUUUCAACGCUGCAGCCUAUUGCUUCCUAUGGAUGAGCGACAUAGAAAGGCUGCGCGAGAUAAGGUUGAGGUUCUGUCCCUGA